AUGGCAUUCGCUGGAAAAGAUCCACUAAGAGCUCCAAUAUCUCUUGCUCUAGACAAUAGAGGUGUAUGCGAACUCGAUCGAGUCGGUCUAACUGAAGACUUGGUCGAGCUAGACUUACAACGGGUAGAAAGAGGGUUCAGAGGUCACAGAGGGUACAAGAGGAACCUGAGGCAAACUCGACCGAUUGGUCAAGGAGAUGCUCCAAACCGCCACCAACAGAGACAAGGGAUUGUUCCACCACCAGUGCAGAACCACAACUUUGAGAUCAAGCUGGGAAUGAUCAACCUUGUCCAGAACAAGAUGUUCCAUGGAUUGCCAAGUGAAGACCCCAUUGACCACCUUGAUGAGUUUGAUAGGCUUUGUGAUUUGACAAAGAUCAAUGGUGUCUCUGAAGAUGCCAUCAAGCUGAGACUCUUUCCUAUGUCUCUAGCUGACAAAGCUCACCAAUGGGAGAAGAGCUUGCCCCAUGGCACAAUCACCACUUGGGAUGAAUGCAAGAAGGCCUUUCUUGCUAAGUUUUUCUCCACCGGUCGCACAGCCAAGCUUAGAGGAGAGAUAUCCAGCUUCAUCCAGCGAAACAAUGAGACAUUCGCAGAGGCUUGGGAGAGGUUCAAAGGGUACACAAGUCAGUGCCCACACCAUGGAUUCAACAAUGAAUCACUACUCUCCACUCUUUAUAGAGGAUGCUUGCCUAGGUAUAGGGAGAUGCUAGACACAGCUAGCAAUGGGAACUUCCUCAACCAGGAUGUAGAUGAUGGCUGGCAACUUGUGGAGAACAUAGCCAACUCAAAUGGAAGCUAUGGAGAAGAGUAUGAUCGCACCAACCGGAGCUCGACCCACCACUCGAUCGAGUCAGAUGAAAAGUUGAGAAAAGAUGUUAAGGCAUUGAAUGAGAAGUUGGAUAAGCUGAUCUUAGCUCAGUCCACAAUGAAGAAAGUCAACUUUGUGUCUGCUGAGGAGAUGGAACCAGUCCAAGAAGGGGAGGAUACACAAUUUGCUGAGGUGUGCUACAUGAGCAAUGGGCAAGGAGGUUACAACAAAGGAUACUAUAACUACAAGUCCAACCCAGCCAUGUCAUACCGCAACACUGAUGUUGCUAACCCUCAGGACCAGGUCUAUCCUCAACAACAAGCAAGCUCGAUCGAGUCAAGCCACAACAUGGGUAUGGUCAAAAGAACAAUUACCAAGGCCCAAGGGACUUUUCCUGGUCAGCAAAUGCACAUACCACCUGGCUUUCCCCACCAACCACCCCAGCCUGCACCACAAGAGAAUGAGCUCAAGGCAAUGCUAAACAACUUGCUUCAAGGGCAAGCUGAUGGUGUAGUGGACACAAGCAAGAAGCUAGCUGAAAUCAACUCAAGAUUGAGAAUCUCAACACAAGGGUUUACUCUCUGGAGAAUCAUGCUUCUUCUGUUGCUGCUGCUACAAAGCAAGGACAACUACCUGGUAAAGCUAUUCAGAACCCCAAGGAACAGUGCAAGGUCAUCUUCACUCAAGAAGGACUUGUUGAAGAAGAGGAUCAAGAAAGGAAGUGCAGGCACCUACUGUGCCAUUCACACUUCACCAGUUGAACUCGCACGACAAGCUCGAUCGGCAGCUCGAUCGAGUCCAUCUCUAGCUCGAUCGAGUCCGACCUCUUCUGUCCGACAACUUGUUUUGCUUGAUCCUUACAAGUUACAGAGGUCCUACAAGAGUCUACUCAUCAGUUCAACCUGCUUACUUCACCCACAUUCCUACAAAAGGUCCAGGAUCAAGGGAAAUUCACUCUCCCUUGCACACUUGGGCAUCUUGAGCUUGAUAAUGCCUUAG